AGCGAUCCUCCUGCCUCAGCUUCCCAAAUUAGCCUAACAUGGCAGACCAGAGACAGCGCUCACUCUCUACCUCGGGGGACUCACUCUACCACGUUCUUGGGCUGGACAAGAAUGCAACCUCAGAUGACAUCAAAAAGUCCUAUCGGAAACUUGCCUUGAAAUACCACCCUGACAAGAACCCCGAUAACCCAGAGGCCGCGGACAAGUUUAAGGAGAUCAACAACGCCCACGCCAUCCUGACGGACGCCACAAAAAGAAACAUCUACGACAAAUACGGCUCCCUGGGGCUCUACGUGGCGGAGCAGUUUGGAGAGGAGAACGUGAACACCUACUUCGUGUUGUCCAGUUGGUGGGCCAAGGCCCUGUUCGUCUUCUGCGGCCUCCUCACGUGCUGCUACUGCUGCUGCUGCCUGUGCUGCUGCUUCAACUGCUGCUGCGGGAAGUGCAAGCCCAAAGCGCCCGAGGGCGAGGAGACGGAGUUCUACGUGUCCCCCGAGGACCUGGAGGCGCAGCUGCAGUCCGACGAGAGGGGAGGGCACUGACACUGUGCCGCGAGUGUUUGUGGUGGCAGCUGGGACUGUUGAGGUGUGAACAUGGACCCUGGAGGUAAAGCAGGCGCAGAGGGCUGUCCCCACCCGUGACCUGCGGUAGCCAUAGAUCCCAGGGGCCGAGAGGCGGGGCGGGUGGCAAGCAGGUGGGCAGGGGCUGAGGGCCAAGGGCUGGCGGUGACUGGAGGUGCCUGAGGAAAGCCGUAUUGGGUGGAGGUCAGCGAGUAGCCUCUCCCCGUGGAGCGUUUGUCCAGGUGACCGAACGUCGUGUGCAGGAUGGCGUUGAUGGGCGUGGCCAGGCGGCUGCGCUCCUGCAGUGCCCUGUGUCUGCCACACAGGACGGUGUUGACGGGCGAGGCCAGGCAGCUGCCCUCCUGCAGUGCCCCGUGUGUGCUUGC